UUUACUUUAAAAAUGGCUCAUUUGUACGACGAUUCAGAUGACUAUGAUAAUUAUGACGGAUCUCCAGCAGGAUUUGGAGAUUAUGCAGGCGCUGAUGCGCUAGGGCCGUCCUUCGGCCAGCCCUCUUACAUGCAGCCUUCGCCUGGCUUCGGUGGCGCAUCAGCUUUUGGAGGAGUCGGAGGUCCUAUUGGAGGCACUAGCUAUGGCAUGGGAAGCGAUCCUCUUUCAGGAGGAGGUGGUAUUGGAUUCGGAGCUGCCUCCAAAUUUGGAGGCAUUGGUGAUUCGGGCAACCCAUUUGGUAUGAACAACUCUGGUGGUGGUAACUUUGGCGGUGGCGCAAUUGCUACAGAUUAUGUCGAUCUCAGUAAUGUCAAAGCUCCUGACGUGAAGACUCAUCAGCCUAAUAAAUAUGCAACGUCUUCUAAAAGUUCCAUGAAAAAGCCAGGAAAAUCUAAGGAGUCGAGAGGUGUUAGUUUUGGAGAUGUAAAGACCUUCUAUGUUGAAAAAGAAAGUCAACUUACCGAGACCGAUAAAAAAUCAAAAUCUGAAGAUGAAGAUACAGUCACGUCUGAAGAUGAAGAUGAGAUCCAGAACAAAGCAUUGGCGAGUAAGUUAUCUGACUCCAAGAAGGAGAAAGAUCUCCUUAAGUCUAAGAAGGAAGAGGCUCAGCCAGGUACCAUUGCUGCUAUGAUCAAUAAGAUGAACUCUAAACUUGAUGACUCUAUAACAGAAAGUGGUUCUAUUGGCCUAAAGAAAUCUGUUGAGAGUGAUGACUACAAGAUUUCUUCUUCUCAAGAUAUAGCUUCAAAGAAGCUAAACAAGCAGAGAUCGCCAACUGGCUUGUCCGAUUCAGACGAAGGUGUUCAGAUCAAGUCCCAUGACUUUGACAGCAAGAAGCAGUCUAGUGAAUAUGACUCUGCUGAGAUGUCCAGGCAGUUCAAUUAUGAUGAGUCUGAGGACACUUUUAAGAACAAGCCCAAAUCUGAGAAAUCAGAAAAGUCUAAGAAAUCUCAGAUGAGUGACACCGAAUAUGACGAUGACUUUGAAUCAACCUCUAAUCUUUAUGAGAGUUCGUUAUCCAAGCCAAAGUCUUCGCAUUCUAAACAUGAUGAGAUCGAAGAUAUUCGAAAGCGGAGCGAAGCCUAUAAAGCUAAAUUAGAAGAUUACACUAUCAAAUCUCAGUUUAAGAAAUCUCCUGAAGAAGAUGAGGAGACUUCAAAGAGACUAGAUUCUUACAGAGCUAAUAACUUAAAGGAAGACGAAAGCGAAGUAAGCGAAAGACCUUCUGAUGGUCUCAAGGAUGCUAGACUCAGUACUGAAGAAAAAGAGUACAAGCUCAGAAUGUCGGGCAGUCCGCGUAAUGCAGGUCUUACUGAAGAACUUACUAGGGAGAAGUACCAAGCUGAAAUCAAGGCGAAGGAACAUGAGAUGGAGGCAGAGGUUAGCAAAAGAGAAGCCAUGAACGCUACAGAGACCAACAAGCUGCUAAAAGAGCGUAUCAUGGGCUAUAUCCAGGACAUCAAUAUGUACAGGGUUGAGAUUGAAGGCCUCAAGAGGCAAGUUGAUGUAGCAGACUCUAAUUCUCAGUCCAAGGAAGAAGAACUUGCUCAAGUUAAGCAAGAAUAUGAAACCCAGCUUAAAAUGGAGCGCGAGCGCCAAGCCAACUCCAAUGUCAGGGUUGAAAAUAGGGAGAUUAAUGACCUAAAGAAGGAGAAUAGACUCUUGAAAGCAGCUCAUGAUCAAGUAGUCCAAGAUAAGUUUGAAGAAGUAGACUACCUCACUAAGCGGUGUGACAAACUUGAGACUGAAAAUGUGUCCCUCAGGGUAGGCUCUAAGGCCAUCAGAGAUGCUGAAAAUAAAGCGAAAAAGGCUGAAGAGGAGGUCCACUCCCUCCGCAUGAGACUUAAAGAACAACGGAUGUCAAAGGAAGCCCAGCCUGUCAAAGGUGUGACCUAUAACCAUUGGACUAAGGAGCAGCUCGUCAGAGAACUUGUGUCUAUUGACAAUGCUAUUGAGAGGUUUACCAAGGAGAAUGAAGCUCUUAUGCAUGAUAAUAAGAAGCAAAAGAUUGAGAUUGAUGAGCUAAACCACCUUUUGCAUCAAGAGAGCAAGAAAUUGGAAGAAUACAAGCACAGAAUCAUCAAGGAAACCGGAUCGGUGUUGAUUGUAGAGAAAGACGAAGACCUCCAUGCAAAAGUCAUGAACGAUCUGGGAGUUGAUCAUGCUAUCACAAAGAAGGAAUUCCAAGAUAUUAAGGAAAGGUUAUUCCAGGCUGAUAAGGAAAAUGCAACUUUGAAGCAAGAUUUCACAAUCAAGGAAAUCGAAUAUAAGAAGGAGAUUGAGCGUAUCAGAGAGCAGAGGGUUGAAGCUGAGCGUAAAUUAAUCAACCUAGACAGUGCUCUCAAAACCCAGCUUGAAGCCAAUAAUCGAAUGAAGGAGGAUAACCACAAAGCUUUGAGUGAGGUCAAAGAUGAGCGAGAUGAGACCAAGGUCAAACUUGACUGGUACAUUGAAAACCAAGAUAUCAUGGGUGAAGAAAGAGUGCUUCUCAAGCAAAAAGAUGAUAGGAUUGAUGAGCUGAAGGAAGAGAUCCGUCAGCUCAAGACCAACACAACCAGUAGGAAGAGGAUCCUAGAUCUUGAGAAGCAAGUUCGUGAACUCCAAAGUGCACUUAAGAAAAAGAACCCUGACUCUAUCGGCUUGCUAGUGGAGUCUACCAAGCCGUCUCUCGAGGAGCAGGAGGAAUACAUCAGGUUGCAGAAGGAAAAUGAGAAAUUGAACAGAACUUUGCAGGAUAAGGAUAAUGAAUUCGAUCAGAAAAUUAGGCUUAUGAGAAUCGAAAUUGAUAAGAUGAAAGUCAAGUAUGAGAAAGCUCAGGCUACCAAACUUCCCGAAGACAUCAAGGGUCAACGUAUCAUCGAUCUUGAGAGACAAGUCCAAGAGACUAAAGAUUAUUACAUUGACCGGAUCAAGAAAAUCCAGGAAAGUAGCGGCAAAAUGUCCAAGAUUAAGAAUGAAAUGAAGACUUUGAAAGAAAUUGAGACUCUUAAGAAGGAACUUAAUGCUGUUAAUAAAGAGAAAAAGAAGCUUGAAAGAGAAGUUGGUAGUACAAAGAAGGGAUCUAAGGGUGGAUCUGCAAAUCUAGCACUCUCUAUUAAUGCCCUACUCGAGGAAGAUUACAUUUUCACCCUAUGAGCUCUGUAUAGACAAACAAGAGAUAUAAAGCAGAGCUUUGAGAAAUCUAAAGCACCAGAUACUCCUCUGAAAGGAAUUGAGAGCUUGAUAGACCAGUUUGACAAAGCUUCACAGAAGUUCAAAUCUGGAAAGGCAACUAUGCUGUUCUCAAAGGUGACUGACAAAUGUGUGGAGCUGUCUAAAAUUGUUGGCAACAAGAAAGCAAGAGAGGAUAAGUCUAAGACACACUCGAAGCUGACCUCUAUUGAGCAUCUUCUUAAGGCAGAGAUUGAGUCAACCAUCGGCCAAAGCCUUGAGAAGAACUCUGAUCUUUCCGUUGUAGACAUAGAUAGGUCUUCCAGGGCUAGUCCUGGGAAGGCGCAUGACUCCACUCAGGAUGAGUAUUGGUCUGACUUCUCAGACGAUGAUUACUCAACUGAAAUGAGCGAGGAGAACCAGGCGAAGGAGGUUCUCUCCUCUCUCCAAAGAUGGGCCUACAACUCCAAUAUUGAGAGGAACCUGGAGCGGAAGUACUCACCGAGCUCGGUAAUUACUCUGGAUCAGUUCAAGGAAGCGCUUAAUGAGGAAGGGUACCAUUGUGAUUUUAUCGAGCUCCAAGCUUUGUUAAAGAGACUUGACAUUGCCCAUGACAGUGGCAUUGACUACAAGCAGUUUUUCGAUAACCUUAAUGAUAAAAAUGCAGCAUGGUGGACUAAGAAGUUGAAGAGCAAUAGCCUCGAGGUUGCAGCCCAGGGAAAGAGAAAUGGUAAUUACAGACCAUUCUGCAAUCCAGCCAUUCAUGAAUUUAUAUUAGCCAAUAUUGGAGUCCAGACUAAGCAAGCUAUUAAUCGUGCUGGAUACUUUAGCGUGAGCGAGCUGAUCGAAGAGAUUUAUUAUGAAAAUCCUAGUGGGCUGUCAAAGAGACAGUUAAGGAAGGAGCUCCUGAGCAAAGACAUCCCUCUGACUAGGCUAGACACUCAUAUUCUUUACAAAACUUUGGAGGAUCCAGAGUCUCAGUCAGUUAAGAGCUCUGAUUUUAGGAGAUUUGUGGAUGAUCCUGAAGAAUACGUUGUCGCGAAAGGUCUCAAUAAGGUUGGUGGGGCAAAGAUGUUCUCCAUUGAUGAAUCUGUAAUUGAUCCAAAUGACGGCCUUAAAUCUGGAUCUCAGUAUGAUGAGCCUUUGAACAGGCUCAGGACUCAUGUUAAGACCAACAAAUGUGAUAUAGCAAAAGCUCUAAAAGAAGCAGAUACAGCCAAGAUUGGAGAAAUCAAUAGAAGCGAGUUCUUGAAAUUUAACAAGUUGAUCAAAAGUCCUUUAACAGUAUUGGAGCAGAAAGGUUUGUUCGCUCAUAUAACUCAAUCUACUGGACUAAAAAUCACUGUGCCUGAUUUGACGAAUCUGUUGAAAUCAUCUACAGGGCCAGCUCCAGGUAGAGCUCCAGUCUCACCAAGCAAGAAACCAUCUUCACCUGGGAAGGCCAAGAUGGACAUAGCAACUAAAGAGAAACUUGCUGAUCUGGAGAAGAGCAUCUUGAAUAAGAACGCAUUGAUAAAGACAAUGGAGGCUGAGAUCACCCAGAUGAGGAACCAGCUGCCUUCUCUCACCUUAAAGGACGACUUGGCUGCUCUCCAGAACCAGAACAGGGAGCUCCGUGAGGAGGCUAAGAAAGCUCAACAGGAGAAGAGGUCACUUGAGAAGAUCCUUAAGGAGAACUUCACCACUCCUGAGUCAGGUGACUUCAUCCUUCUGCAGAAAAAGAUCGAGCUGCUUGAGCAAGGAGUCUACGAACGUGAAAAACAAAUUAAGAAGGAGAAAUAUAACAGCUCAACUUAUCAGAAGUACAAGAAGGAGAAUGAAGGCUUGGCAAAGCAAAUCGAAGAAGAAAGAGCUUACUAUUUGUCCAUCAUUCAGAAGAAAAACCAAGAGAUAGCUGUCUUCAGACAAGAGCUCGAUAUGCUACUGGAGGAAGUUGACCAUGUCAAGAGAGAUAAUAUCGAGAAAGAGAAGAUUUUUAUGGAAAAUAAAGGUGAUUUAAUACCUAGAUAAUUCAUUCAAUAAUGCUAUAAAUUCUUAG